AGGACUUGAAGAAACCGACGACCAUCUUCAGCAGCAAUUGGAGCAGUACUGUGAAACGUGGUUGGUCAAAAACCAUCUAGCUGUGGAUUUGCUUCUACCGACUUACAGCGGAUCAGACUUAAACUUAGGUCCAGAGAUCCAUUGCAGAUCAGACGGAGAACAAGGCGUAGAAAAAUUCGACACUGCAAAAUCGCCAGCUGGACUUGAAGGAAUCAGCGACCAUCUUCAGCUGCAACUGGAACAGUUCACUAAUGCGUGGUUGGCCGAAAAGCAUCUAACUGCGGAUUCGCCUCUAUUACCAGACAGUGAAUCAGAUUCAAGUUCACGUACAGAUAUCUAUCACAAUUCAGGCAGAAGACGGGACGUCAAGAAAUUCCUUGACAUAGAUUCGCCAGCUGAACUUAAAGAAACCAAUGUCCAUUAUCAGCUGGAACAGUCGAGCAGCAGAUGGCUAAUCGAAAAGCGUAUAGCUUCGGAUUGGUCUCUAUCGAAUAACGGCGAAUCGUGUCCAAACACUUAUCACAGAUCAGGCGGAGCAAAAGAUGUCAAGGAACCGGAUAGUUUAGACUCCUCAGGUGGCCUUGAAGGAACCAGUGGUCAUCGUCGGCUGGAACAGUUUGCUGAAGGGCAACUGACCGAAAAACAUGAGACCAUGUGUUUAACUCUAGCACUUGAUAGUAUAGAAUUGGAUUCUGGUAAUUUUUCAAACUCACAUAGGAAAUCAGACCUAGAAGGCGAUUUUACGGAUUUGUUGAAUAAGCCAGAAAAGAUCUACACUGGACGUCAACUGGCACAGUUGACUGCAGGACGGCUGGCCGAAAAGGAUAAAACUUCUGCUCCAGGCCUGUUAAUGAACUGGGGGAUAGCAGAUUCAUGCUGGACUCCAUGCCCACGCUGGAACUCAGCUGCAGAGGGUAGUGACAAGAAACUGGAUUUUAUGGAUUUGCAAGCUGAACCUGAAAAACCCUGCAUUUAUCGCAAUUCGGAAGGGGUCACUGAAAGAUGCUUGGCUGAAGAGGAUGAGAUUUCAGAUCUGGCUUCGGCAUACAGCAACACGGUAUGGAGUUUCGACCCAGUUAUGAGUUUACACUGCGAUUACAGUCAGGGCCUGAGCUCACGAUCGGGCUGUGUUCAAGAUGUAUGCUUACUUACGGAUUGUGGUCAGGAUGAAAGCAUGAGCUCGGGCUGUGGUCAAAAUAUGAGCUUAAGCUGGAAUGCAGGUGCAGAGCAGGAUACCGCAGAAUUUGACAGCACUGAUUCGGCAGCCGUAAGCGAACAAACGCCGAUUUCUUGGCAUUUCAUUGGAGAGUGGUUAGUCGAAAAGCAUAGGACUUCGAGUCCCACCCUACCAUCCGAUGCAGAACAAAAUUUAAACUCGGGCAUGAAAACACGUGGUGCAGAUCAAGGUAUCAGCAAAUUUGACUCAACUGAUAUGGCUUUUGGAUUUGAUACCGCAUGUGUUACAACCACGAUGACAACCCCAUUU